UUCGGAAAGAAUGAUCAUAAUGGCGCUUGUUGUGCGGAGUUGUCGGACCUUUGGAUAGUUUGUACUGGGAUUGUUAGCAGCUGAAGGACCGAAAUGGCAGGCAGUAAGGACAAGAAUAAGAAGAAGGAGCCUUCACAGUUGGAAAAGAUACGUUCGUGGUGGGAAGUGCCUGCAAUCGCCCAUUUCUGCUCCCUUUUCCGAGCGGCCUUCAACCUUUCGGACUUCGAGAUCGAAGAGUUGGAAGAGGCGCUGCUGGCUGAUGACGGCAGUUGUGAUGGGGACACCACGCACGUUUUCCUGGCAGACCUGAUCGCAAGGUUAUUGCGGGGGUGUUACGGAAGGAGAGAUAUCGGACUUGACAACUUUGAGCUAUGGCUGGUGGACAUCAUGAAGCACAGGUGGGAGAUGGAGGAGGGACGACCCAACCCACUCCAGAAUAAGGAGUUCCAGGACCUGUCCCUGCGCAAAAAGGUGGAGAUCAUCCACGCACUGUGUGACUACAGGCUGGAUGCAGAGGACGUACAGGACCUGCUCAAGGGUUUGGAGGCCGAUAGCCUAAGACUAGAAGCUCUUGGAACAGACAACAAUGGGGCAUCAUACUGGUACUUUUAUGGCACACGGCUGUACAAGGAAGACCCAGAGAUCAUCGCCCAGGAUAAGGCAGACAAGAAAAAACAACAAGACAAGAAAAAACGUAAGAAGUUAAAAGAAAAGGAGAAAAAGAAGAAACAGAAGGGGAAAGGGAAAGACAAAACCAAGAACAAAGUCAAGCACAAGAAGAGGAAAAAGGAUGAUUCCAGUGACUCAGACUCAGAGAUGUCUGAUCAGGAGGAGCAGUCCAAGAAGAAGAAGAGGAGGAAACACAAUCCAACGAAAGACUCCGCCUCGGAAGCCAGCUCUGAUGGGGAGGAUAAUGACAGCCACGUUAGUGAAGAUGAGAGGGAGUUCAACGAAAGAUGGAGUCUAAUAUGCAGCACAGCAGAAGACUGGUCCGACCUAGCCGAGUCCUUCAAGGGCAGUAGAACCCAGGUGGAACGUCGUCUGUACAAGACUCUUAUGGAAGACUUCGUCCCUGAGAUACCAGAGAUGAUAGCUGCCAAGGACAACAUUGACACUAUCUAUGCUCGCUGGGCCGGCAUUGCUGCCGACACCCAUGAGAAGUUGCAAGAUAGGAAGCUUUUGGACCUUGCACCUAGAAGAGCCUCCGAGAGGAUACAGGUCCUGAGGAUUAAGCAGGAAGAGGACGAGAGGCUGGCUGCCAUUGCCCUUGCUGAGGAGCAGGAAAGACAGAUGAAGGAAGAAGCUGAGCUUAGGAAAAAGCUGGAAGAAGAGAAGAAGAAAGAUCGAGAAAGACGGGCCAAGCUGAGGGAAGAGGCCAUGGAAAGGGCGCGCGAAGCCCGUGAGAAGCGAGCGCGGCUGCGUGAGGAGAAGGCGUGGCUGUUGGCGCAGGGUAAAGAGAUCCCGCCUGAGCUGCUGAAGUCUUUUGAGGACUCCCCACAGCCAGCCGACACCCAGGACAGCUCUGAUGCUGACAUGUUUGAGUUGGAUGAUGACGUGUACAUAGCAAUGUACAAGGUUUUUGAUUCAGUGAAGGCACAUGAAGAUGCCUGGCCUUUUGCUGAGCCUGUGGACGAGUCUUAUGCUCCUGGCUACCAUGACAUCAUUGAGCACCCCAUGGACCUGUCAACAAUAGAGAAGAAACUCAACGACAAGGUCUACAACAAGAAAGAGGAGUUGGUCGCUGACUUCCAGCUGAUGUUUGACAACUGUCUGGACUACAAUGGACCCAACAAUGAAUACACAGAGAUGGCACAGAAACUAGAGAGGCUGUUCAAGAAGAACAUGAGGAAAGAGUUUCCUAAAGAAGAGGCAGAGAGUGACGAUGAAUACCAAGUUGGAGAAGAUGAGAUACCUGUCUCAGAGAUCAAGAAGAAGAAAAAGAAGCCAGGUGAAAAGGGGCCAUCUGGUCAAGUAGUACUUUAUCACAACAGAGACCAGGAGAGUCCACCCCUUGGCACGGAGAUGGGCGACUCCUACAACAAAGUGCAGCCUCCGUAUCCCUACAUGCCCAACGAAAUGCAGAUCCACCGAAUGGCCAAUGGUACUGUAAUAUCCCAGGCUCCUCCUGGGGGGAUGAACUAUCCACCAGGCCACCCCAUGGCUAGACCUGGUAAUCCGUACAUGCAGCCUAACGGAGGUCCCAGGCCUGGAAUGUACCCCCGUCCUGUUCAAGGUUAUCCGCCCCAGCACCCAGGGAUGCCCCAGGAUGGGCGCAACGCACUCCAUGAUGCCUUCCUGAGGCACCGUAUGGGGAAGGAGGUGGGACAAAGACCACCUGGGCCCUACGACCCCAACAGGCCCCCAAACCUGCCGUACAGUAAUGGUCCCGGCCAAGGCAACCCUAUGUACAGAAUGCCUCCGAAUAUGCCUCCCAAUGGGUACCCCCAACAACAGGGUGUUCCACCGUAUGCUGCUAAUAGCCCUCAAGUUCCACCCAAUCAGAGACCACCAAACAUGCCGCCUUACAGCGGACAGCAGUGGAUGCCCCCGGCCCCGGGGCAGGGCCACCCCCACCCCCAUGACCAACGUAACGCCAUGAUAACUCAGGGUCAGAGACCGCCUCAGCCUGGUGCGGGGCAGCCCCAGCCAGGAUACCCCCAGAUGCAGCAACGGUACCCCCAGAUGAUUGACUUGAACCAACAUUCCAGAGAGUGGGUCAACAGACCGCAGGCCCCGCCUGGGGCACACCACCCAGGCCAGCCCCCGCAGGGACCACAUCAGGUUCCUCCUCAGGGGCCACCACCAGGGGUGCCGCAGGGGCCACAUCCAUCGGCACCUCAGGGGCCGCCUCCUGGGCUCCCCCACCCUCAGAUGCAGGGGCCACCGCCAAUGUCUCAGGGAAACUACAUGCAGCAAGAGAGAAGGUAUUCUCUGGUGAACCCAGCUGCCUUUGGGCCCCAGGGGCAACCCAUUGUCCCAUCCAGCCAGCCUAUGGCCCCCUAUCCCCCGGCAAACCUGCCUCACAACAGCAAUAACACCACACCGUCUGACACAACAGGAGAUCCAAGCUCUAGGCAAACACCGGAGGGUCAGCCAGGUGAGGGCAAAGAUGAAGCACAAUCAAAAUCAGAAGAUACUGGCAGUGAAAGCAAAGAUAAGGGUACUCCUGCAGAGGGAGAAGUGUCUAUACCAAGGGCUGGAAGUCCCCAAGAUAACCAACAGGUCAAGUCUCCAUCAGCUGAAAAGCAAGAGGGCAGUGCUGACAGUAGUGGAGACAAAACAGAGGGACAAGACAGUCAGACAUCAGAAACAUCAAAUAUUGGAAAUAAAGAAGGAAAGGAGGCAGGGGCUCAGGAGACGGACAGAAAAGACAGCCCAGCACCCCCACGGGAAGGAUCAGCAACACCGUCAGCACCUUCUGGUGUUCCCACUGCCCACCCAGCUGGAACUCCUCCUCAUCCCCAGAUGCAGGUUCCUGCCAGUGGCUCAGCCAUGCCAGGUGUGCAGGCACCACAGAUGCCAUCACAUCCCAUGCAGAGAUACCAGUUUCCUCCCCACUCUCAGAUCCCGCCACAGUACCGGAUGCCGCCAGGCAGCAGUGCCGGACAUGUGCCACCGGGAGUGGGAAUGCACAGGAUGCCCAUGCACCACGGCAUGCCCAUGAGGCCGCAGAUGAUGGGUAACCCCCCACACAGGAUGGGCUCGUCCCCACACAUGAUGUCUCCACAAGUGCCUUACCACCACCCCCACAUGCCCCAGGGGCAGUACGGGUCCAUGCCACAAGGGCAGGACAGACCAGCCGUUCCCCACCCAGGGGUUAGCCAGGCCCACCCAGGGGUCCCCAUGGGGGAGGGCCCGUCCCCGGCUCAGCCACCCAGGCAGGAGUCCCAGCUGGUGAAGCUGCUGAUGAGUCCACGUCUGCCGUCCGCGCCCCGCCACCUCCCCAUGGGCCCCUCGCAACCCCACAUGCCACCCUACGGCUCUCCCGGCCCUUACUAUGGCAGACAUCCCGAGGCAGGCUUUGCGAACGGCGUACAGAGCCGGUUACCGUUCAACACGGCCACCCCCACCCAACCACAGACCGCCUCACCCAUACACAGAGUAGCCAACCCAGCAGUGUCUGGGUUUAGCACAGCAAUGUCUGCGGCAACCUCCACAUCCACAGAGGCAACAUUAAGCACAGUAGCAGUGUCCAGUUUGAUAGAUGGGGAUGAUGAUAUCGGGUUUGAUGACAAACCCAAACCGAAGCCGGUGGAACCGGCAGCUACAGAGGAUGACAGUAGAUCGAGCAGCCCAAAAGAAAUCCUAGAUUUAGACAGCCAACCAAAACCCAAGCCUGCCAUAUCAGCAGCCCCGCCUUUCUCAUUCCACAGCCAAUCGGGGGCCAUGCCUCAGCCAAUCAACCAAUCGCAAGCGUCGCCUCAUCUGGUGAACCAGUUACAGCGGGGCAUGAAUGGACAGAUGAUGGGUGGUUACCCACGUCCAGGCAUGCCCAUGCAGGGCCUCCCGCCCAACCACCCCAUGUACAGGGAGAUGUACGCACAGCAGAUGUACCAGGAACAGCAGAUGAAGAGACCCUAUGCCCCUCAGUAUCCAGUAGCUACUCAGUUUGCAGAUCCCAAGCUUACCCCUCAGCCAACCACCAUGAGCUACCCAGCAGCUAGCUACCAGCAGGUCAGGAAUGGUGAACUGCCACCACAGUGAAAGCAUGCUAUCUAUCAGGAGACUGAAGCUGAUGAAAUGUGCCUUAGUUCCAGCUUGGUCUCACUAUGCGAUCAACCACCAACCUCAAGCUACCUCGAUCUUACUGGGAUGAUCUCAAAUGUUCAACUUUUUCCAAGUUCCUGUAAAGACAGAAGCUUUGCCUGUCUUUACAAGAAAGAAUUGUAAAGUGGUCCUCAUACGGUGUGGAAAGUUUUAAGCAAAGCUUUGCCGGUGCUCUCAAAGCAUUGGAGCAACAAACACAUUUUCUUUGAUGCAUAUCUGAACAUUUGAGACCAUCCCUUCCAGGAUGCCUUCCUCCAGAUUUUAAUGAUAUGCAACCAAGAAGUGAAGUUACUUUUUAUGACAAUAUCAACAUGUGCACAAUAGAAUGUUACUGUUUUUCAUGGUGUUACAAAGUAUAAAUUAGAAGAAAAAUUUAAGGAGAUAUACUUUUGGAAAUACUCAGAUGUGGUGAAUUUUAGCCCCAAACGUGGAAAUAUUUGUUGUAUCUGUGGUGUAGUGGCUGUAGAGUUUGCUUAAUUGUGAAUUGCAAGUAGCUAUGAGAGACAGUUGUACUUGUAGUGGCCUUACAGUCAGUAGGGGGAAGAUGUGUCAAGAUGGGUGAAGGAGAAUGCUCAAGUAUUUGAUAAACACAUCUUGAAACAAAGUGUUAAUCAAUACAUUUCCUGAAGUGAAAUACAUUUCAAUCCUGUGUUUUAUCCACAAUUCUUUAUCUGCUACAUUUUGUGCUGUAUUUUGCCGUGACGUGUUCUAUAGAAAAUUCUGUGUUCCCUUCACCCAUCUCGGCCUGACAACUUCUGAACAAACAGUUGCACACAUAUUCAGGGUAUGAAGUCAUUCAUUUCAUAGGUAGCAUAACUGUCUGGAUACAUGUGAUUGUGAACAGGUUGGGCUAGUCCAAUUUUGCUGUGAAAAAAACAUCUUGCCAUUGCUUCUAUUUUGUAUGAUAGCUUUUCUCUUUUGUUGUUCAACUAAUUGUUAUUGGUAUUUUGGCAGGUUUGAAUAAAAUUACAUAUAGAUUGCACUUGGAUAGGAGUAUGAUGUUGCUUGAAGUACAACUGUUUGCAGCAAAAUUGGACUUUUCCUGGCUGAAUGAAUUUUUUUGUUGCUGGCUACAAUCGUUCUUCACUGUGUGAUGAAAUAUACCCUAUUACGGGGCUGUCAGACUUAAUUUAUGGAGAUACUUGUGUAAUCUUCUGGUGUUUUUGCCAAUCUCAGCUUUGUACAGUAUGCGAAAUGUGUAUAUUUUGAAGUAUGUUCCUGGAGUAUGUGCAUUCAUAUGAUUCAGAGUCCUCUUGGAUAGAAUGCAGCUAUGUCAUCAGUGAUGCCAUCUAGCGAUUUUACGUGGCAUUGUUAGGUUAGGAGAUGAGAUAAAGAUGGUGGGUGUUCUGUGUGUCAUAACUAUUUAUUUGCAUGUACCUAGGAUGUGUAGAAUAAAGAGAGACACAGUUGUACAUUUCUUGAUUUUCCUUUUUUUUGUUUUGUUUUCUAACUGCUUUGAAAAGUUGAAGGUAAUAUAAUUCCUGACUUUGGACUCAGGUGAUUCAGGACUAUGACAAUGAUUUGUAUGCAAACAAUGUAAGGACGUGAUGUGCUUUGUCCUAAUGCAUUUUCCAGUGUUACGGUACAAAAAGGGAUGCAUGAGCUCUUAUCCUCUGUCCUUGCUUAUGGUCUUUUGUGGUUUCAUUAUCCCAAAGCCUGUGUUCAACCUUUUUUGUUGUGAGGCACAAAUUGUGUACAGUUUUUGUGAAGGUCAAUAAAUUCAAUUCUAU